CCUUGUACCGUUAAAUACCGUCGACGUGCACGGACGACCAUCUUCAUGCUUUUUCUAAUUCUGUAUCUGUGAUGGUCAAAUCAGUUUGACGGAUAGUUAAACCUAUUGUGAUGUCGGCACUGAAACCACCAAGACGUAAGCGUCGUGUCUACCAACAGCUAGACUCGCCAUUUCCUGUCCCCAUUGAGUCCAUAACCAAGAAGCCGGCAUCUAACAGUCGUUGGUUCUACUACACGGGAGUGCUCAAAGAGAACUGCGUGCUGGUGCAACAGCAAGGCGAUGUGAUAUUCUUGUAUAAGUUGGGUUUCUUUGGCAAGGGAAUGCUAUCUAAGAGCAAGCCAGAGCAUAGUGUCUUCCUGAACUCUUAUCAAGGCCUACGCAAGAAGAACUUACCGCCAAAAGAAAGAAGGUUUCAGCAACAGAGAUUUCAACAAGUCCGGAAACACAGGUACGAGCGACAUCUGAGCUGGUCCAGACAGUUUGUCCGACAGGCCCAAAAUUUGGCCGCAGACGAUGGUAAAAAUGACGGGUCAGCAUCUGUCCAUGACCAGCCUGCCUCUCCGGAGGUCACUGGAGGUCAAAGGCAAAGCUGUCCAACUCAAGGACGGAACAAGAGGGAGAGCACACCAAGUGAUGAUGUCACAACAGGUAUCGAUGAGGUCAGCCCCGUAACGGCUGAUGUUGUACCAGCGACGGAUGACAUUACAUUUGAUGUCACUGUCAGAGCCACUGCAAAAAAUGCUGAUGUCAGUUCCAGUACCAGAAGUGUUGAUGUUGAUGAUGCUGCAUCCAGAAAUGAUGAUGUCACAUCUUGCGAUGCUGUGGAAGUGAGUGGCUUGCCUGAAGCAUCAUCUAAGUCAGCAAUAAAUUUAGACAUAAGAAGUUCAACAGAUGAAACUCUUGAGAAAGUGGACAGUGACACGUGGCGUGAACUGGAAGUUGCAAUCCAGCCUGAAGCUUCUAGCUCUUCCUUGCCAGAAGCAGGAGUAGGAUCAACGGAAGAAAGAGAGGACCAAAGUAUCACCAGGAAAGAGGAUCCAUAUCAGAUCGAUGAAUACUUGCAACUCAAACUUGAAGAGGCAUUUUUCCUUUCAUAUGGACUGGGAUGUUUGACAGUUCUGGACGAAGCUAAGAAAGCCCUGGACCUAACGGACAUUUGGCAGGCUUUCUGUUCCAGGCAGAAGAACUUUGUGGCCAGUUACGUAGCCUACCAUUACUUCCGAAGUAAGGGCUGGGUGCCAAGAGAUGGGGUGAAAUAUGGGGCCCAUUACGUCUUGUACAAGCACGGGCCUCCGUUCUAUCACGGUAGCUACUCGGUCAUUGUCCAGAUGGUGACUGAAGGAUCAUGGGAUUGCACCGACACCAGCGCAACGUUGACCUGGCCAGCUCUGUCCGGAAUGGACCGGAUCACUGAGACGGUUGCGAAGGAAGUGAUGCUCUGCUACGUUAUACGGCCGUCAAAUCUGAGCGACGAGGACUUGCAGUCGCCUGGAUGCAUCCCUCAGUUCAGGGUGCAGGAGAUCCUGAUGAAGCGGUGGGUGUCGUCACGGGAACGGGAUCUCAAAGAGCACCUGCCGUCCUUGAUAUCAUGAACAGCUCCCUCUGUUGAUAGAGACAGUUACGGCGCAUUGUUAAGGAAAGAUGGUGAUUUCAGCAGCUAAUCUGACAUUUUUAGAAACCUAUGUUUCAUAUCUAUAUUGACCUAAUGAGAUCAUGGCCGAAUACAGGCCAGUUGUCAUAGGAACAGUAACCAUGGUAAUUUGAAGCCAAGAGUGGUACAUGUAAUCCUCUGGAAUGCUUUCUGAGCUUAGAAAUUUUCAGACACAAAGUGGAGCUUUCGAGAAAAGACCCAUUUCCUGAAAGUGUGCAGUGUGGCUGUGUGUAUUGUUUAGUUUGAUAAGGCUAAAUGGAAAAUGAAAUGAGUUGAUAACGGAGCUCCAAUUAUCUUGCAGUCAACUGUGAACUUGUCCCAGGUAUUUUUAUGCACGCCAAAUGGGACGUGUUCACAUUUUGGUUGUCAUUUCCACCUUUUUCUUCACUGAAAUCAGGUCUUCAGACAUUGAAUUGCAUCUCUGAGAGCAUUGCAAGUUUUGGGCUGCAAGGAGAUUCAUAUUCAGUUUGAAUCCAGUUUCCAUCACCGUGUCUCAGGUUGGGGCAGGGGCCAAAAAUCGACUUGCUCCAAUUUUUUUCCGAAAAUAUCUGUCCAAUUUUUUAUUUCAUCCAUGCAAGAAUUCUCAACCCCUUCCCCCCCCCCAAGCGGCGUUUUCAUUUCUAAAUAUGCUGGUGCUUUAAAUCCCUUAUAAAAAAUAUUAAAACUUGCAACAUGUCUCGGCCGGGGGGGGAUUGUUUACUAUUUAACCCUCUUUAUGGCCCUUGAUUUGUUACACGAAAUGGUGUUCUUGGCCGCCAACAAGAAUGAGGUAGAAUUUCAGUGCCUCGGUGUUUCUUGACAAUACAGAUGUGGGUGAAGCAAUUUCAGUCCGACAGCCUCUCCAAAUCCAAUCUAGGCCAAAAAUUGAGGUGUUUCUUUUGCUGGCCUUAUGACUGGGUUUGUGGGGCCUUGUAUUUGCUGUGCAUCCCUUUUUCUCUUACCCUGGGGGCCUGAAAUUGAAGUCACUACCAAACGAAGAAGUCAGACCGGUCCCUCAAUAAAAUACAGACAGUUGCAAGUAUUGAAACCUGUCUCGUUAAAGUCGUUUAAUUUUCACCCCCGGAAUUACCGUCUUAUUCCUGCAUAUAUUAUUACAUUCCUUUUCAAUCCUGGCACUGUGAAAACCCUGAUAAAGAUGACAUUUACAGUAUAACAUACACAUUUUAUACACUGCUAAUAACAAUAGACAAUUUUCAAAUUUUAAAUAAUGACAGAAUGAAAACAAAAAAUUCCAAAGUAACAAUUUAAUUACUGUUGAAAAAUGCAUAUGCUUUUGAUUAAAAAGAUGAAAGGAUUUCAUAUGAUUAAUUUAUCACAAAAAGUGCAUUGGCUACACACACUGGGACAUUGACAAGUAUCUCUUUAAAUUGUGGCCUCAAACCAAAAUUUGAUUGAUUGAUCUAUCAAAAAUGUACACUUUCAUGAUGAAACAAGAA